GAAUUCAUCAUGGACCCAGUGACGGACAUGUCCUUAGCUAACGAGGCCGACGCACCCAUGGAUAAUGCAAUGUUUCCGCCUAUAUACACGUCGGAGGACGAGCAUGAGCCCACCGCUUCAGGAGGUUCUCAAGGUACCGACUACAAGUCCGACGCAGAACCAUCCGUACCAAGCCAGCCGUCAGUGCGAAUCCCGCUGGAGUCACUUCCGAAGAAGAGCAAGCAAGCAACUGCCUCUAGCUUGGUUUCUUACGCUAUUGACGACGAUGAUGAGGAGAACAACGAAGACGAAACUGUGUUGGUUGCUAUGAAAAUGGAGGUAGAGGAGCUCCCACCGUUGGACGCAGCUGCAACGGGCAAAGCCAGCAUCGAGGUCCUCUUACCUGAUGACAACGCUGACUCAGUAUCCUCCUCAAACUCCCCACAAGCCAAAUCAGAUAGUUUUUUUGACACUCAUCCAGAUCUGCCGGCCAUUUUCACUUCAGAUCAUGUCCAGAAUUUGUCACACAAGUCUCCAAUCCAUGUCCCAUCAGAAGGUCAGUUGUUGAAUGCCCAGUCACCAGAGGUAACAACAGAACGCUCCGACCCAACUCCACCCGUUGUAACCCCUGUUUCUCGCGAUCGCAGCCAACUUCAGCGGAUACUUGAUGAGGUAAAACUUCCACCGGAGCCGCCAGGGCAUUGCCCCAUGAAAUUGCAGGAAAAAGUGGAUCGCGAAGUACAUCGUAUGCGAUUGGAAAUUGACUACGAUCCAAAUAGGUCAAUUCAAGACAACAAGGCCUUUCGUAACCCGAGCAUUUAUGAAAAGCUGAUCUCCUUUUUGAAUAUUGACGAGAAAGGCACAAAUUUUCCACCGGAGAUUUAUAACCCUUACCGAUGGCCUCCUCAGUCAUAUUAUGACGAGCUUGCUCGAAUUCAAAAUAGGGAGAUAGACCGGAUUACGAAAUUGCAGAAAGAGCAGAAGAAGGCGGAUCCAGACGGGUCAGUGACGCAGACUCAACCAAAGAACCCGACCAAUACUGCAGCAGGUUCGUUUAAACUCAGCUCCAAUGGCCAAUUAGAUCCUAUGUCUGGAAGCUCCGUUGCAACGGGUUACACGGAGCCAAAGAAACGGAGCAAAUGGGACGCAGGCAAUUUGGAAAACUCGACCAAGACCACAAGUGAACAGGUGUCAACAGAAGACACGAAGAGUUUUGUCGCAUCUGUUGGUGGGCUGGUCAAGUGA